ACACCCUACUCCGAGAUGAAGCUGUUCAUCGUCGCUGCCGUCCUGGCCGUUGCUGCCGCUGACAGGCGGCCUGCUCCGCCCGCGUACUCCGCCCCUGCUCCGCCCUCGUACUCUGCCCCUGCCCAGCCCUCCUACUCUGCCCCCAAGUACGCCCCCAAGGUGAUCGAGAUCCUGAGCCAGGAGUUCGACCUGCGUGACGACCAGUCUUACGAUUCCAGCUACCAGACUGCGAAUGGCAUUUACGCCUCCGAGUCUGGCCAGGCUGUGGCCGGAUACGGAGGUGAGCAGAGCUACGCCGUUCAGGGCCAGUACAGCUACACCGGCGACGACGGUGUCAGCUACACCGUGACGUAUGUGGCCGACGCCAACGGCUUCCAGCCGCAGGGUGACCACCUGCCGACCCCCGUGCCCACCGAGUACCCGACCCCGGAGGUGCCGGUGACCCAGGCCAGCUACCAGGCUGCUCCUGCUCCCAGCUACCAGGCUGCUCCUGCUCCCAGCUAUCAGGCUGCCCCCGCCCCCAGCUACCAGGCUGCCCCUGCCCCCAGCUACCAGGCUGCCCCUGCCCAGAGCUAUCAGCCCGCCCCCGCACCCCAGUACCAGCCCACAUACCAGUAAUUGUGAGUCAAAUCCUUUCUGUCCAUCGUUGCGAUGCGACCAGUAUAUACCGACUACGCUUAUACGUUUGUCUAUUUAUUGUGAUGUUUGCAAGGAGUAUUUUGUUUGAUUGCGUCGUGUGACUGUUUCCAAUAUAUGUGCAUUUCCCAAGAAC